AUGUCAUCAGCGGCGGGCAACAGAAGACCACGUCAGAUCACUCCAACCUCACCCUCGCCUUCGCCCGAACCGCAACCGGGCAACACGAACGGCUCCACCACUCACAGUGCCACCGCCGGCCUUCCUCCAUCCCAUCCUACCCAAUCAAGCCUUCCAGACACGUCUACCGCUAGCAAUGAUAUUGAUCCGGCGGAUGCAGUACGCGCGGACCUCGAGACGCGCGUCCGCUCCGUCGUCGACCUCCUCUACCAACUCGCCGUGUGCUCCGCCGACGUCCAAGAAGGCUCCCAACAUCUCGUCGCCAACAAAGUCAACGAAUGCAUCCAGGCUCUCGCUGCUCUUGAUGCGACCAAAGACGAGCUGCAUCGAGCACACAUGAUGAUCCCGCAGGACGUAUUGGAGAUGCUAGAUACGGGAAAGAAUCCCGACAUCCACACGAGAAACUUUGUCAACAGGUUGGCGAGCGAGAAUCAGUACAGCUACGGUCAACACAGGGCGGUGGAGAGCUACAAGAGUAGCCUGGACGCUGCGCUGGAUCAGGCAUUUCCAGAAUUGAUAGAGGUGGACACGGAUGAGGCGGACGCGAAGUCCUGA